AUUUUGAGGGAGGGGGCAAGUCGGUUAGAUCGACUCCAGUGCGGAACUGGUACUUAAUUUAUCGACCCCGAACGGUUAAGACGACUUUGACAGAAUUUGGGAUCUAUUUUAAAACGGGGGCGCCAGUUUUCAUUUAUGUUUUAUGUAGUGUUUUUGGUAUGGAAAGACUUUCAAACUUCGUAUACUUAUCUAUUUUGUGUUAUAGAACAGAAAAAUAUUUUUGUAUUCGAAUUUAUUUCACGUAAAAAAUUGUCUUAUUUCGAUAAUUUCUACUAAUCACUGACGUCUAUUCAGUUGAAAACAGUUAGCGCUGUAACGGUGUAUAUCGUAUUAAUCCCCUAACCCUAACUAGACUGUUAACCGUAACCCUAACUCUAAAAUUGUUACACACAUAGAUACGCACAGCGUAAUUUAUUAUAUAAACAAUAUAUGCGUAUAAAUUACGAUUAAACCGGAUGAAAUAUGUCACAGGGAAUAACAUUUUUAUGACCGCCCAGCAGUAACUCUAUUCAGCUGAAUAGACGUCAGUGAUUGGUUGUCAGUGUCCCAAGUUUCAAAGUGUUUCGUUAAGAAAAUACUGGCGCCCCCGUUUUAAAAUAGAUCCGAAUACGGAGAUUAACAAUAUGGUAAAGAAAAAUUUAAUUGAUUUCAAAUUUUAUAUUAAAAAAAAGUCCAAAUUUGAUCCACACCCAUCAAAAAAGGAUGCGCGUGCGCGCCAAUCUCUACACUGAAAAUGAUCGACUGAAAACGAGUGAAACAUGUCUUACAUACUUGUUGUAGGUACUACUAAAGCGGCGUGGUCCCAAACGCGCAGUCGCGCGGCCGCACUAGCUAGUCGUGAGUGGUCGAUCCCAACCCCAACCACAUGUAUUCAUUUGUGCACGCGCACUUUUUGUAGGAUCGACCACUCAUGACUAGCUUACGCGGACGCGCGACUGCGUUAGUAGUACCCUUGUUGUAUAUGUCGGCCUUGUUUUUUCACAUUAAAAGCAACCUAUUCUCAUAGAAGCAAAUGAGAUUUUAAAUAAUUCUCCGUCAUCCAUUCACUAAAAACUUUAACAUACUUCCAAAAUUGAUGCACACACUCCUCGCCACCCAGCAAAAAAUGGGUGCGCACCCAAUAAUCUCUACGGCUCAAUGAAAACAUGUUUUACAUACAGUUCUAUAUUGAAGAGACAAGGAAUUAUGUACAUUAUUUACAUUCGACGGAUAUUUGUCCUUAUCUUGCUUGAUGUUAACACAAUGUUUCGGCUGAUAUACCCUCCAGCCUUCUUCAGGUGUCUUGGGGAAAUUUCCUUAGGUAUUUUUCAAUAUUGUUAUUAUUAUUGUUCAGGUCACUGAUUGGAAUCGAACUCGGAAUCUUGGGGUUAGUAGCCCGCGCUCUUAACCACUAUAUGUAUAUAUAAAGAAUAUCUAAUAAAAUUAUACAAGAUUCCAGUGACCUGAACAAUAAUAAUAAUAAUACCUUAGGAAAGAGAACCCAGGUUCGAAAUUUCCACGGAGACUGAAAAAAAAAAUCGAAAAAAAGUUUAAAAUUUUAAAAAAUUGCGUGUGGGGUGGAAUUUAAAAGGAUCUUUGGGGUUUGACGGGCAACAUUUGUUUUCUUAACGAAACACUUUCAAACUUGGGACAUUGGUAGAAUGUGUCAUAUAAAACAACUUCUCUUAACCUUCUUAACAAAAUUUUGUACAUCGCAAGUUAUUCCAUGUUAAAGUUGUCGUAUUUCUGUAAUUUCAACCAAUCACUGACGUCUAUUCAGCUGAAUACAGUUACUACUGUUUUCUAAGCAGCAGCUUUUGACCGGUAAGAAAAAUGUUAUUCCCCUGACAUAUUUCAUCCGGUUUUUUUGGUUUGUUUUCUUUUGAAACAGACAAAAUUGCAGAAAAAUGGUAAUUCAUACGCAAAUAUUGUUUAUAUAAUAAAUUACGCUGUGCGUGUCUGUUAUUAAUGCACCUCCACCAAGUGCUUCAUUUCCUAGAAAUAGCAGCCAAAUCUUCUUCAAAUCAAACUCUAUUUAGGGAUAGGAUUAAGCAAGAACAAAUCAAAUGAAAAAAUAAACUGAGCAACACGCGUGUUUACGAACAGUCUAGUUAAUCGGAAAUGUCAGAACUAACGAGGAUUAAUACCAUAUACACCGUUACAGCAGUUACUGUAUUCAACUGAAUAGACGUCAGUGAUUGGUUGAAAUUAUCGAAAUAAGACAAUUUUUAACGUGAAAUAACUUCGAAUACAAACAUUUUUUAUCUGUUCUAUACCACAAAAUAUACAAGUAUACGAAGUUUGAAAGUGUUUCGGUACCAAAAACACUACAAAAUGUGGUAUGAUGUCAGUGUCUAGGGAGGCUGACCGGAAGAGGAAAAAGAGCAGAGGGAGCCUCGAUCGGGAUUCGUGCCCUUUUCGAACGGGGUUGUGGUCAGGACAAGAUGUGUUAAGCGACGGUCUAGGUUUGGGAGAAGCAGCUGCUAUUCCUGGUGUUCUUUGGUUCGGGGCAAGCUUCAAGGAUUGGAUACCGCAAGACAGACUCGCAGUCGACGAAAGGAAAACCGAGGUAAGGCGAUUACAUCUACUCGUACGCACACACCACACAAAAAAAAUGUUGCCCGUCAAACCCCAAAGAUCCAUUUAAAAUGUUGAAAACGUGAUGUUUUGCAUAUUCGGAAUCUUCGUCAUCGAAAACCUAUGAAUCCGCUGGGAAAAAAAAAAAAAAAAAACCAUUCCGAAAGUUCGCUUUUUGUGGCGCGGUGACGAUCGACCAGCACCACUAUUUAAUAAUGUGGUGAAUUGGACGCAGUGAAUAUUUAAAUUUGCAAGAAAUUGGAGUUAAAACAAUUCAAUAAACUUGAGAAAUCGAAAUUAUAGGAAAUUUCUAAGAACAUGAAUUUAUAAAAAUAUUUCCGGACGGUCAACCCUUAAAUGGUUGCUUUCUUUUAGUACUUUUAGUAAUUGUUAUAUUAAAAGCUACAGAAUAUGUUUGAAAAAGAACGUGUCCUUAUUUCUGUUUAACCCCACCCAUCUGGCAAUCUAGAAUGCGCAUGUUCAACCGGAAGUUGAAUUCGGCCUUUCAACCUGAUGGUUGCUGUAGUCUUACUUUGAAUUUUAAGUGGAUCGCUUUAUUUCUAAAGGAUAAUUAAUAAGUUUGAAUGUUAUAAUAUAUUUAUCUAUGAUAAUCUAUAGAUGAUUCUCUUCAGCAACGCCACCACCGUCACUGACUUCCUGAUAACAGUUGUAAUUAAUACGAGAAUACCUGAUGUCAUUGGCAUAAAAGGAUUUUUGUACUUUCCUUUACAGAACAAAGAGUGAAAGAAGAAGAAUGGAAAAUGGAUUAUGUAAAACACCAAUUAAAAUAAAAUAAGAGUCCGAAAUUGUUUUUUCUUAUAAAGAUGUGUAAAACAUACCACUGUAAUAUUUGUGAUAAAUCAUUCUCUCAAAAACAUUACCUAGAUACUCACAGAAGUAUCCAUAAAGGAGUAAAACCAUAUCAUUGUGAUAUCUGUAAUAAAUCAUUCUCUAGAACUGGUGAUUUAACUACGCACAAACGCAUUCAUACAGGAGAGAAGCCAUAUCACUGUGAUAUCUGUGGUAAAUCAUUCUCUAGAAGUAGUCAUUUACCUACUCACAAACGAAUCCAUACAGGGGAGAAGCCAUAUCAUUGUGAUAUUUGUGGUAAAACAUUCUCUCAAACACAGGUCUUAACUAUACACAAACGCAUUCAUACAGGAGAGAAGCCAUAUCACUGUGAUAUCUGUGGUAAAUCAUUCUCUCAGAGUGGUGGCUUAAGUACUCACAGACGAACUCAUACAGGUGAGAAGCCAUAUCAGUGUGACAUCUGUGGCAAAUCCUUUUCUCGUGGUAGUUACUUAACUACACACAAACGAAUCCAUACAGGAGAGAAACCAUAUCAUUGUGAUGUUGGUGGUGAAUCAUUCAUUACAACUGUAGCCCUAAGAGCUCACAAAUUCACCCAUACUGAGAAGCCAUAUCACUGUGAUAUCUGUGGUAGAUCAUUCUCUAGAAGUAGUCAUUUACCUACACACAAACGAAUCCAUACAGGGGAGAAGCCAUAUCAUUGUGAUAUUUGUGGUAAAACAUUCUCUCAAACAAAGGACUUAACUAGACACAAGCGCAUUCAUACAGGGGAGAAGCCAUAUCACUGUGAUAUCUGUGGUAAAUCAUUCUCUGUAAGUGGUCAGUUAACUGACCAUAAACGUACUCAUACAGGAGAGAAGCCAUAUCAUUGUGACAUCUGUGGUAAAUCAUUCUCUCAGUGUGGUGGAUUAACUAAUCACAUACGUAUUCAUACAAGAGAAAAACCAUUUCACUGCAAUAUCUGUGGUAAAUUGUUCUCUAGAACUGGUGAUUUAACUAUGCACAAACGCAUUCAUACAGGAGAGAAGCCAUAUAACUGUGAUAUCUGUGGUAAAUCCUUCUCUCAAAGUGGUCAGUUAACUGACCAUAAACGUACUCAUACAGGAGAGAAGCCAUAUCAUUGUGACAUCUGUGGUAAAUCAUUCUCUCAGUGUGGUGGAUUAACUAAUCACAAGCGUAUUCAUACAAGAGAGAAACCAUUUCACUGCAAUAUCUGUGGUAAAUUGUUCUCUAGAAAUGGUGAUUUAACUAUGCACAAACGCAUUCAUACAGGAGAGAAGCCAUAUGACUGUGAUAUCUGUGGUAAAUCCUUCUCUCGAAGUGGUCAGUUAACUGACCAUAAACGUACUCAUACUAGAGAGAAGCCAUAUCAUUGUGACAUCUGUGGUAAAUCAUUCUCUCAUCGUGGUGGAUUAACUAAUCACAAACGUAUUCAUACAAGAGAGAAACCAUUUCACUGCAAUAUCUGUGGUAAAUUGUUCUCUGACUCAAAUAAUUUAGUUAGACACAAACGUAUUCAUAUGGUAGAGGAGUGAUUAUCUGGUAAAUCAUUCUCUCCAAAAUGUAAUCUAACUAUGCAUGUAUAUGUUUAUUCAGAAGCAAAAACGAUUCAAUGGAAAAUAUAUCAAAACAAAUAUUCACACAGCAAAGAAGAUAUUGUACUACCCAAAUCUAUAUUAUAUAAAACCUCAAUAUCUAUAUUCAUGGGAUAACUUAUAUUGUGCUAUUGUUAAUAAAAGCAAAAUAUCUAUUUAUAUUCUCUGUAAUAUAUUUCCGAAACAGAAAAGCUGAAACCAAUUUAUUUGAUAAAGUGAGUAAAUAACAUGGAUCAUGUUAGAACAUGAAUGUGUGUCUAUUAUGUUAGAAAUACAUGCACAAACCAGAAAACAAGAUCUUACAUUUUCACUUAUAUAUACACACCUUAUUGUAUCUAAUGUAUAUUUUGGUUUAAGUAUUACCGUAUUUUCCAACAUACAAGUCAGUGUACUAUAUAACUAUAUAGUAUAAACAUUCAAACAUAUCACUCUUUCCACAUAUGCUGCAUUUCACACUGCAUUUUCAGUUGUAAAUUUCGGUUUGAAAAAUUUGAUUUGUAUGCUGGAAAAUACAGAAUUAUGAAAUUGUUAUCAGCAGUGGUUCCUAAUCUUUUUACUGUCACAGUCUUCUUCCUUGUAUGUAAAUGAAUUGACUUGUGGACUCCCAAGCUUCUGAAAGGUCUACUUAAGAAAAUUUAUUUAAAAGCAAACUUAUUUUCCUAAUUUCAUCUCAUUUAAAAGAAAUAUGUAAUUCAAUAUGCAAUUAAAUAAAUGAUAAUUUUUAAAAAA